AUGUCAUCAAAUCAAACAACAAUUACUUCCCCGAAGUUGAAUGUUAAUGCCCAGGUGUGGACAACUGGAACUAUGGGAGAACUCAGUCCGCUCAAACUUAAAUCAAUUGGAUUGUUCAUCUUAACGAUAAACAGUCUUAGGGCUGCAGGUCAGCCUAGCCCAAGCCCUUUUCUCAAUGCUUUACACGUGGUCCAUGCCCAGCUGAACCAUACCUUGGGAUGUGGUUGCUCAGAGGAAGCUCCGGUCAUUGAGAUUGAUGGGCGCAUCAUUGGCGAUGGCCGAGUAGGACCUGUGACUCAGAGAUUGCAAAAUGCUUACAAAAAGAUGACGGGCGAGUCAGGGGUUUCUAUACCCACCUAUCAUAAGACUUGAAUGCUGCAGGUGCGAGAUAUGCGUUGGUGGACGGCUCUCACUCGGACCCUCAUUGAUGAUGAAAAGCCAAGAUAUAGCUUUUAAACUAUGCUUUUGUAAAACUAAGAUAUAAUUACAUUUUGGACAUGAAAUUGUAUACAAGGGAUUGUAAUCAAACUCAUAUGGACUAUGUUUUAUGUAAGAUUGCAUGUUGUAUGAGUUUAGGUUGAUGUUGUAUAAGGUUGGAAUGAUUGGAAUUGAAAAAAAAUGGAAUCAUGGGAAAACUGGGAAGACCUACC